UUGGGGAUAACAACAACCAACGCAGUUUUGCUUCGAAGGAUCAUGUUGGCACUCCCCAAGCACCUCGAACCCAGUCGAGUGGAUGGAACUCCGGUCAUCCACAUAUAGAAACACCGUCGUUCAACGUCCACGAGGAGAAAAAGGGCCUUCCGUGCUUCGACGCUUCGACGCUUCGACGCUUCGACCGUCGGAACUGAGACGUCACCCGACUCCAGCGACGGGACGCCGUCGCUGCAGGUCAUACAUUGACGGCUACAACCGUGAGAUCAAAGUGACAUAUCCCUAUCACCGUUGUCAGACAGAGGUGCGGGUCUCCUGCCUAGACAAGGAGGUCACCGAAGAGGAGCUUCGAAAGCACUUCGAGAAAGCUGGCUCAGUGGACGAGGUGGAAUUCAUCACCGAAGAAGUGCCACCGGAGUUCAAGGAACACAUUAUUUUGCCGCACGAACGUGCGGGUCGUGGCGCGAGCGCGUCGGAAAGCUCGGAGACCGUUGCUUCAUCAUUCGGCGUUGGAAUCCUCCAAAAGUGUCCAACCUCCUCCUUUGCCUCGGAUGUCUUCAAGUUCAAUGAGGCGGCAGACAGCAUCGACAUGCGCUUGCCCAAGGACGAGUCGGCGGGACUGGUCAACAAUCAGCAGGAAACUUGGCACUUCAAGCUGGACAAGGUCCUCUCGAAUGGAAGCCAAGAGCAGAUCUUCGAGAUUUGUGCUGCGGAUGUCGUGCGAUCCGUGAUGGAUGGAUACAAUGGAACCAUCUUGGCCUACGGCCAAACGGGCGCCGGGAAGACUCACACGAUGUCGGGCGGCCACAUGGGCUUCGCCGACCGGGGCAUCGUGCCGCGCGCCAUCUCGGCGAUCUACGCGGAGGCAGCAGCCCGACCUGAGAACAACAUUACCAUCAAGCUCUCCUAUGUGGAGAUCUACAAUGAGCUCAUGUUUGACCUGCUGACGGAUGUUGGAGUGGCUGAGCAGAGUGGUGACCUCUCCAUUGUGGAGGACUCGCGCGGGAAUAUCCAGGUGCGAGGCCUCACAACGCCGGUGGGAGGGACCGAAGAGGAGGCCCUUCACAUCUUCUUUCAGGGGGACACCAACCGCCAUGUCGCUGAACACGCCCUGAAUAAAGGGUCCACUCGCUCUCAUGUGGUCUUCACCAUCUACGUGGAGAGUCGCUCGCGGGUGGAGUCUUCCGAGAAGGUGAUUUUUUCCAAGUUGCACUUGGUCGACCUGGCCGGCAGUGAACGGUUGAAGAAGACUGGUUCAGAUGGCGUGAUGCUGAAGGAGGCCACGUUUAUCAACAAGUCCUUGACCUUCUUGGAGCAGGUGGUUGUGGCACUGGGGAGCAAACACCGAGACCACAUUCCGUAUCGACAGUCAAAGCUAACGCAUAUCCUGAAGGACAGGGACUCCUUGGGUGGCAAUUGCAAGACGACCAUGGUGGCGAACAUUUGGCCGGAGGCCAAGAUGGUGGAGGAGACAGCCAGCACCUUGCGCUUCGCCACACGCAUGAUGAAGGUGUCGAAUGAGGCCUCAGUGAACGUACAUUUGGAUCCACAGUUGCUGAUUAGGAAGUAUGAGCGACAGAUCAAAGACCUGAAGCAGGAGCUCGCCAUGCACGACACCUUAGCGGGCCGCAGCCGAGUGCAGUACGAGGAGUAUGCACCCGAUGAGCAGAAGGAGCUCCAAGAUAAGGUGCAGAUGUAUUUGGAGGGCGACCUCCAAGAAAUUGAAGUGACCAGCCUUCGCAUGGUCUACGAGUCCUAUGCGAUCUUCCGGAAGCUCUACCAGAACCUCCGCACGGAGCUGGCCAAUCGACCCACCAUGCCCUUACCGCCACAGGGAGGUGACACGGAGGCCGCUGAAGGUGGACCGGGUGCCACAGCGACCGAGACCCGGGAAGGUGAGGUGGGAGAGGAUGUGGAGGGCAAAGGCAUCGCAGUGGGAGUUGCACCGGCCAAUUCCAGGCCUCCACAGGAGGCGAUGGCGCCCGACGCAGGUGAGGACCUGGAAGACACCCCAGGGGUGGAGCCCAAGUCGGCCCGCGAUGAGCUCCAAAAGCCUCCAGACAAGCAGGCCGUCUUCGCUGAAUGGAAGGCGAAGGAUGGCCAGUCCUUCGAAGAUGCUUUUGAAAAGUAUCGGCAGGAGCUGAAAGAAAAGCGCGCCGAAAUGAAGGAUGCGCUGGCUUGGAGCUCAGAGUGCAUCAUUGUCUACAGAGAUUCUUGUGGGAGGAAGAUAGGCAUUUGGCAUCAUUUUUCAGUUGUGGAAGAAGGGAACCAUCCAGCCGUUAUAAGCGGUACAAAUCAUGUGAAAUCUCCGUUUUUCCGCUGUGGGACUUCUGCUUUGCCUCUUUGGCUUCGGCCUAUGGGCGAACUGCCGAUGGAGCUGCCGGAAGUGCGAGAGGCUGCGUGGAGCUUGAUCUGUCGUUCUCCACAGAUCUACCAGUGUGACGAUUUCCUGAGCUCCGAAGAAUGUGAAGCCAUCCGCAGCUUCGCAGAGUCGGCUGGCAGCGAGUCCUGGAAUUUAAGCUUCAAGACUCGAGUCGAUUUGCAUCCCGAAGGCAGUAGCCCUGGCGCCGCUGUGCUGCGCGCUUUGGACCGGAGGAUUUGGGCUUUGUCUGGGCAGCGGCCGCAUGAGGGAGAGAUGCCCUGGGCAGUGCAUGUCACUCCAGGAGACGGAGGAGACGUCCGGACACCGUUGGGACUUCAUGUGGACACCAACAAUGGCCGAGAGAGACGCUGGCUGACCUUCCUCAUUUAUUUGAAGACCUUGGAGCCUUCUGAGGGCGGCCACACGCUCUUUCCCUUGGCACAUAGUCUCGAGGAGGGUGUGGAGGAACCUCCGGUGGCCGGGGAGGUUUUGCUCCAAGCUGACCUACAUCACACUGGCCCUGCAAGCGAAGCAUCUCAAGCUACUCAUGUACAGGACGCUGCUCGCACCUUGCUCGCCCGCGCUGAGCGCCUGGCCAGCCUCGCCUCUUCGGGCCACUCGAGGGCGGCUUGCGGCGUGGCGGUGGCGCCAAAGGAGGGCCGUUGCGUGGCCUUUUGGAGUCGCAGUCGCACUGGACACCUGGACCCUGCAUCCUGGCACGGCGGCGCUGCCGUGGGCCUUGGGAGUGCGAAAUGGACGCUGCAGAAGUUCAAAGAAGCUCCUGCUGAGGUGUUGAAAGCCUGUUGCAUCGAGGCGGCUCCGGCCCAGGUUGUUCAUGAAAGGGCAGGAUGA